GAGUACUUGUCGUUCUCGUUCUCUUGCUUCAGACGACUCAGAUUUCUCGCAACGAAUACUUGGCGUCUCCUCUGCAACGCUUUCGCCAUCAUCGACACGCUUCUUCACUUCUCUGAGCAACACCAACAAGAAGAAGAAGAAGAAGAAGGAGGAGGAAUUCAAAUGCAACCUUCAAUCCAUCCGCCGCCGCCACCUCUUUAGCCAUUUCUUCUUCUUCUUCUUCUUCUUCUUCUUCCUCCUCUUCCAUGGCUGCUUUCGCCGUUGCAUCUCCUCUCUGUACUUGGCUUGUUGCCGCCUGCAUGUCCGCCUCCUGCUCCACCCACCAUUCCCUCAAUGCCCCCUUCUUCCACUCCUCCAACAGAUCGACAUCCUCCCACCGCGCCUGGAGACGCAAGCUCCUCUCCAAAUGCACCACCUUCAGCUCCCAAUUCAAUUCCGGAUUCAUUUCUUCCUUCCGUGGAUUCAAUAUUCACGACCUCAUGAGCUCCUGCCUCGCCUUCGAGCCCUGCGAUGACUACUGUAACACUAGCGCCGGACUUUCCUCUCUCGCCUCUUUAGGUAACAAUGGCUUCUCCUUGCUUUUCGGACCUAAGACUCUCCCCACCAACCGCCGGCGGAGGCGUGCGAAUCGCCCUUCACCCUCAGGUGAAACCGUUGCUAUUGCUGUCCAUCCAGCUGAAGAUGUGGGAACCAAAAAGAAACACCAUACAAAACAAAGAAGAGUAGUUGUCACUGGAAUGGGUGUGGUGACACCUCUAGGUCAUGAUCUUGACAUCUUCUACAGAAAUUUGCUCGAGGGUGUCAGUGGAAUUAGCGAUAUAGAGGCAUUUGAUUGUUCCCAAUUCCCCACAAGGAUUGCUGGAGAGAUUAAGACUUUCUCUACUGAUGGAUGGGUUGCUCCAAAAUUUUCCAAGCGGAUGGAUAAAUUUAUGCUUUACAUGCUUAUUGCUGGCAAAAAAGCCCUAGAGGACGGUGGACUUACAAACGACCAAAUAGAUGAGUUGGAUAAAACUAAAUGUGGAGUACUGAUUGGUUCAGCUAUGGGAGGCAUGAAGGUAUUUAAUGAUGCUAUUGAAGCCUUGCGAAUUUCAUAUAAGAAGAUGAAUCCUUUCUGUGUUCCAUUUGCAACGACAAAUAUGGGUUCUGCCAUGCUAGCUAUGGAUCUGGGAUGGAUGGGCCCAAACUAUUCAAUUUCUACUGCUUGUGCUACGAGCAACUUUUGUAUACUAAAUGCAGCUAAUCAUAUAAUUAGGGGCGAAGCUGAUGUAAUGCUCAGCGGAGGUUCAGAUGCAGCAAUCAUACCCAUUGGUUUGGGAGGUUUUGUUGCUUGCAACACGCUUUCACAAAGAAACAGCAAUCCUACUAAAGCUUCACGGCCUUGGGAUAUUAAUCGUGAUGGAUUUGUUAUGGGGGAGGGAGCUGGAGUUUUGCUUCUUGAAGAAUUAGAGCAUGCUAAGAAACGAGGUGCCCAAAUAUAUGCAGAAUUUCUUGGUGGAAGUUUCACUUGUGAUGCUUAUCACAUGACUGAACCACACCCUGAUGGGGCUGGUAUUAUUCUCUGCAUGGAGAAGGCAUUAGCUCAGUCUGGAAUAUCCAAGGAAGAUGUGAAUUAUGUAAAUGCACAUGCAACAUCUUCACCAGCUGAAGACGUUAAAGAGUAUGAAGCUCUCAUACAUUGUUUUGGCAAGAACCGUGAGUUACGAGUGAACUCCACAAAAUCUAUGGUUGGACACCUACUAGGGGCGGCUGGCGCUGUUGAGGCUGUUGCCACUGUACAGGCCAUAAGAACAGGAUGGAUCCAUCCAAAUAUUAACUUAGAAAACCCAGAUAAAGGCGUGGACACAAAUAUACUUGUGGGCCCAGAGAAAGAAAGAUUGGAAAUCAAUGUAGCAAUGUCUAACUCCUUUGGGUUUGGCGGCCAUAAUUCAUCCAUCCUAUUUGCGCCGUACAAGUGAAACGCCGAAACCGAAAUGGGAGUUGUCCAGCUAAAUAUGUGUACAAGUUGCUGAAUUUUGUGGGGAUGUUCGCCGUUGUCCGUGGAUUAUUCCAUAAGACAAACAGGAAAGCAGAUGAUCAGCUGGCCGAUCGAUCCCUUGUGAUCGAGCAGGACCGGGCCGAAUGAUGGUCUGGGUAAAGAAUAGAACACUUUCCAAACAGUUGUGUAGUGUACUCUGUUGAUUUUGACGAAUUAAGUUUAGCUUCUACAGCGUUGAUAAACAAAACCCAAAAAAAAAAAAAAGAAAA